UGAAAAUCGAAGGAAAUAUAGAUAUUCGAUCAAUAAUUCCCAAAAUCGGACAGAGUAUUGGUAUCUUGUCCCAUAUGAAUUGGUUCUCAGCUCCUGGGUUUCCCAUAUCAGUGGCUAGUAUAUUGGGUGUUGCUGGUUUCAUCUUGGCUUUAAGGGAUGGUAAAGUAAGAAACUUCAAAAGCUUACCAUGGUCAUCCGAUAAAAAUUGUAGUUCGGAGGACUUAUGGGUAGUACCCGGAUUGCAAAAUCUUGGAAACAAUUGCUUUUUGAACGUGAUUUUACAGGCUCUGGCCAGUUGCUCAGGUUUUCGAAGUUUUCUUGAGACGGUUGUGGAGGAAUUUGAAUCUUCUUCGUUUGAAAACUUGCCGCUUGCGGCUGCCUUGUCUUCAUUAUUGGAAGCUAUGAGGAAUAGGAACUUGGAUGCAAACUUAAUGCAGCAAGUCUUUUCUAUUAGUUGGGAGUGUAAUCCGUCUAAAGUAUGUAUUGGCGCUAUAAUUGCUAUUAAAGGACUCCUACGGUAUCGAUAUCGUGCACACGACCCUUCCGAAGAUUCCCUUGAUUACCACUGCCCUGAUUCUGCGGCGCACCUGUCCGUGCUGUUGAUGGUCAUGAAGCCUCACCCUUCUGAUACUUUGGAUAAGUGUUCCGAUUUUGCUACUGUAACUGCGGACACCUGUUUCUCAUAUGGUCCACCUUCUCGCAAUUACAAUAGGGGUGCCAAGCCUGGUGAUUCUGCUGACCUUCGUCACAUCCACAUGAUUGAUUCACCUGAUGCUGGGACUGUUCAUUUCUUACUUCCCUCGACUUCAUUCCCUUCUCUAUGA